AUAAAUAGCAUGCCUCUUCAAUAUCACUUCAGUCCAUUCGUAAUAAUAUCCCUCCCCUCCCUUCGUCCAUGGCAGCCAAAAAACUUGUGUGUUUAGUAUUUGUGUUAGUAUCUUUGCUUGGAGUUGCGUUGGGUGAUGGUUCAUCAUCACCCAAAGGAACUGUAAUAGGAAUCGAUCUUGGUACCACCUACUCCUGUGUGGGAGUCUUCAAGAAUGAUAACGUUGAGAUAAUAGCCAAUGACCAAGGCAACAGGAUCACCCCUUCUUGGGUCGCUUUCACAGAUUCUGAGCGCCUCAUAGGUGAGGCUGCAAAAAAUCAAGCACCUCUCAAUGGACAACGCACAGUUUUUGACGUUAAGCGCCUUAUUGGCAGAAAAUUUGAUGACUCAGAAGUAGAGAAAGAUAUCAAGUUUUUGCCUUAUAAGGUGGUCAACAAGGCUGGUAAACCCUACAUUGAAGUGAAAGUCAAAGGUGAAACCAAGGUGUUUAGCCCUGAGGAAAUUAGCGCUAUGGUCUUGGGAAAGAUGAAAGAGACGGCCGAGCAAUAUUUGGGGAAGGAAAUCAACCAUGCCGUCAUCACUGUUCCAGCUUAUUUCAAUGACGCGCAGAGACAAGCAACAAAAGACGCAGGCACCAUAGCUGGGCUCAAUGUGGCCCGAAUAAUCAAUGAGCCCACUGCUGCAGCUUUCGCCUAUGGUUUAGACAAGAAAGGAGCAGAAGAGAACAUUUUGGUGUUUGAUCUUGGUGGUGGUACGUUCGAUGUAAGUAUAUUGACCAUUGACAAUGGUGUCUUUGAAGUUUUGGCUACGAGUGGAGAUACCCAUCUGGGUGGGGAGGAUUUUGAUCAUAGAGUGAUGGAGUAUUUCAUCAAAUUGAUCAAGAAAAAGUACAACAAAGACAUUAGCAAGGACAACAAGGCUCUGGGGAAACUUAGAAAAGAAUGUGAAAGAGCUAAGAGAGCUUUGAGUAACCAGCACCAAGUGAGGCUCGAAAUUGAAUCCCUCUUCAACGGUAUUGAUUUCUCAGAGCCACUAACAAGGGCUAGAUUUGAGGAACUGAACAUGGACCUGUUUAAGAAGACCAUGGGGCCAGUGAAGAAGGCUUUAAAUGAUGCAGGCCUUAAGAAAACUGAUAUUCAUGAGAUUGUGCUUGUUGGAGGGAGUACUAGAAUUCCCAUGGUUCAACAAUUGUUGAAGAAAUUCUUUGAUGGGAAAGAACCAAACAAGGGUGUUAAUCCUGACGAGGCUGUGGCCUAUGGUGCUGCAGUUCAAGGUGCCAUAAUCAGUGGUGAAGGGGGAGAUAAAACAAAAGAUGUGGUUGUGAUUGAUGUUACUCCACUAAGUUUGGGAAUUGAAACAGCUGGUGGGGUUAUGACAAAAUUGAUUCCCAGGAACUCGGUCUUCCCUUCCAAAAAGUCUCAAAUAUUCACCACUUACUCAGACAAACAAACCACAGUUACAAUCAGAGUAUUUGAAGGUGAAAGAUCCUUUGUCAAGGAUUGUCAUGAGCUUGGCAGAUUUGAUCUCUCCGGCAUUCCACCUGCUCCAAGAGGAGUCCCUCAAAUUGAGGUGACUUUUGAGGUUGAUGUCAAUGGAAUUCUACACGUUAAAGCUGAGGACAAAGCAGCAAAGAAGGUGGAAUCCAUAACCAUCACAGAUGAGAAAGGUCGUCUAAGCCAGGAAGAGAUUGAAAGAAUGGUGAAGGAGGCUGAAGAAUUUGGCGAAGAAGAUAGGAAGUUGAAAGACAAGAUUGACUCCAGGAACAAGCUUGAGUCCUACGUUUACAGCAUGAAAAGCACUGUAAACGACAAUGACAAGCUCGCAGAUAAGAUUGGCUCAGAGGAUAAGGAAAAGAUCGAGAGCACUCUGAAGAAGGCUCUUGAAUGGUUGGAUGACAACCAAAGCGCUGAGAAGGAAGAAUAUGAUGAGAAGUUGAAAGAGCUCGAGAAUGUUUGUAAUCCUGUUAUACAGCGGGUUUACGAGAGUAGUGGUGGGGCUUCUAAUGAAGAAGAAGACUCUCAUGAAGACGAGUUAUAGAUAGGUGUUUUUUUUUUUUUUAAUUUUUUUUUUGACUAGGUUAGUGUUAGUAUUUAGUAUCUAUAUCAUUCUUAGUAGUUUUUUUUUUUUGAAUAAAACAAAUAUUAGUUUUCAACCAUGUUCGCAUUUAAAUGAUUCUAUUGACUGCAAAUUCAUAUAUGUGCAAAUGCACAAUUAGACCAUAUAAUGUUUUUGAUUCACAAGGUGUUUCCAGACUAAUAUAGCUCAACUAUUUUUUC